GGCAGCACAGGAGCCGUCAGAUUUUUGGCGCGAGGCGUAAAUGUGAUGUUUAUUGUUCCGAUGUAGCCCACAAGAUGGCAGAACCUACUAUGCACAAGAAAACACGACGUGUAAAUGUACAUGUUUAUGGUUCAGAUUCAGGCCACAAGAUGGCAGACCCUCCAACGCGUACGGUCCCUUUAGGCGCCGCUGAAUUCUCGUCAUUGCAGCCGUGAGAGUAUAACUCAAGUAUGGAACCAGAUGGAACCCCAUAAUUUAUAGUAAUGAAACCUCACUUCCCAAACUUUUUUCACAAUCGAUAACGACUUAAACAUCCCCUAGCAACAGUCAACCCCAGACAACCCUUCAAAUACCUGUAAAUACUGUACCCCAAAUACAAGUUCUCCUACAGAACACUUGUACUCCAAAGAUGCAGAAUCAGCCAACGGAGCCGGAGCCCAAGAAGCGCCGGGUGCCGCUGUACCCCGGGUUCCCGGAGUUGGCGCGGUCCGACGUCAGCAUACAUCCGAGCUACACCAAGCUGGCCCUGGCUUAUCGCGUAGUCUGCCGCCACCGCUACCACUGGGCCAAGGUCGCCCAGCGCCGCCAGUUCAUGAAAGAGCUCCACAGCUUCGAGCGUCUCCAGCCGCUCGCGCUCGGCGGCGUCCGCGUGCACCGCGAGUUCUCGCAGGGCAUACUGUCUCACGUUAUACCGCCACGGAGAUAUAUACAGAAGCUUACCCCGGACCCGCUGAAUAGUAAGCAAAGGAUGCGAGUUGAGGAGAUUAUCAGUGGUCGGGCUAACUUUAGCCAGAAAUAAAGAUUUAGCCAGUAUAAAAUAUUUUUUUAUGGGUGUGGAAGGUUAUUAUUAUUAAAUGCUAUGGUCAUAAUUAUUAAAUGCUUUAUUGCACACUACAAAAAAAUGGUACAAAGUAUGAAAAGAUAAUAAUCUGUAUAAUUAUCCUUCAUGCUUCAGCAAAGACAGCAAUUCAUUUUAUUAUACACUUAAUUGAUCAUUUUCUGAAGUGAGAUUUAUCUUUAUUAUCACAAUAAACUGGUUUACCUAAGAUA